AUGGUAAGUUGUUUUAGUGUAAUUUCAAAUCUGCAUAUUGAUAUUGUUCAAAGUGAUUUAUCUGAUCGACGAGAAGUUAAAAAGCAAGAAGGUGAAGCGUUUGCACGUGAACAUGAAAUGAUAUUCAUGGAGACAUCGGCUAAAACAGCUAUGAACGUCGAAGAUGCAUUUAUCAAGACAGCUUGUGAAAUUUGCAAUAAAAUUGAAAAAGGUGCCUUUGAUCUCACGAAUGAGAUGUAUGGCAUUAGAAUUCAUCGCAAAUGGUCGAAUGAAGAUCCAGGCACUCGUCGUAAUUCAAAUUUGAAUCGAAGUUGUGGUUGUUGUAUGGAAAAUUGGUGCAUAUCGUAA